AUGUCCUCCCAACUCGAAUCCCUACAGAACACUGACCUGGCCGAAGAAAUCGAAGCCAUCAAUGCCAUCUACGAACCCGACACCGUGGUCGUCACCAGCACCCCCGGGUCCAAUAACUCUACGGUUACGUCUACGCUGGACCUAGGCAGCUCUGGGUCCCCGGAUUCAAGCGCCCUCUCUACGACCGUGAAGCUCCAAAUCCCCAAUCACCCACACCUGUCUUUUAUUCUGGGUUUCGACCCCUCGUACCCCGACACCCCGCCUCGGAUCCUGGGGACGGCGUCGACCGCGUCGCGCGGCGAGGGGAAAGUAGCCGUCGACGUGCUGGAAGAUAUCGUUGGGCGAAGCUACCAGCCUGGUGUGGUCUGUCUAUUCGACGUUAUCAACGAGGCGGUGGAGGCCUUCCAGGAGUUGAAUAUCGGAGGCAGCAACAGCAGCAGCAACAACGAUGGAAACAACGGGGGAGCACACGGCGACGAGCCGGCAACUUCCUCAGAUCUGAAACCAGAGGAGAUCGCGACGCUCUCGCUCCGCGAUAGCUUCGGCAUAGACAGCCCCCCGGACUGGAUCCUCUCGGACGUGGUAACGGAGAAGAAAUCGGUGUUUGUCGCGCGAGUCGCCCGGGUAUCUAGUCUUGAGCAGGCUCAGGCGUACCUGGACUAUCUGCUCGCGACGGAGAAGAAGGUGGCGGCGGCCACGCACAAUAUCAGUGCGUGGCGGAUCCGGCAGCAGAAGCCUGUUGCCGGCGGAGGGAAGGGCGAAUCCACGGAGAUGAUCGUGCAGGACUGCGACGACGACGGCGAGACGGCGGCCGGCGGCCGUCUGCUUCACCUCAUGCAGUUGAUGGAUGUGUGGGAUGUGGUCGUCGUGGUUACGAGAUGGUACGGUGGAAUCCACCUGGGGCCGGAUCGAUUUCGCAUCAUCAACGCCGUCGGCCGAGAUGGUCUGAUCAAAGGAGGCUUUGUCAAGGAGUCCGGCGGAGGAGGCGGCAGUGGUGACAAGGGGAAGAAGAAAGGGAAGAAAUGA